AUGCUAACAAAUGUUCUGCGUAAUGGUUUUGUGCGUCGGGCGUUUUCAGUCAGAGUUUUCAGUCAGAAUGAGUAUGAGUCAGCUGCAGAUUCAACUUUAGAAAAAUUGUCUGAUUACUUUGAUCAAAUUGCUGAUUCUUAUCCAGUGUCUGAUCAGUUUGAUGUUUCACAUGCAAUGGGAGUUCUCACUGUGACUGUUUCGAAAACUGUCGGAACCUAUGUAAUUAACAAACAAUCUCCAAACAAGCAAAUUUGGCUGUCAAGUCCACUGUCUGGUCCCAAAAGAUAUGAUUUAGCAGAAGAGCAAAGUUGGAAGUAUUCGCACGACGGAGAGAACCUCGACGAACUUCUAAAUCGUGAAUUCCGCAAAAUUCUCGGCGACGACCGAAUCGAUUUCUCGCGACACGUCUAA